GGAAAAUGUAGUUUUCCGAUUUGUGUGCUUAAUAUUAUUAAAUCAGGCAUAGCUUGAAAUAUUUUGGCAGCGGAUGUGAACAGUCUCGGCCAACGCAAUGGAAUCGGACAAUUCGGGGGGCGUAAUGCAGGCAGAUGACUCUGGUCUUUUCAGCUGUAGCAGUGAUGCAGAUGAUGCAACAAAUCAUUCCACGACAUGGCAACCAUCUCAGGAGCGGGGAGAGCCGGAUGAACCGUCUCAAGAAGCACGAGGUACACUUUUUAUGGUGUCGCAGGAGCUGCGUAAGUCGCGCAGUGAAGUGGAACGUCUAAGCAAGUCGGAACGGUGGUAUAAACAGGAGUUACAGUCUCAAAAGCAUAAUCGUCUCGAAACUUUAGAGCGUCUAUAUGUUCAGGAGCGCAAAUAUAUGCUAGAGAAUCAGAGACUGCAACAGGAAUCGCAGCGACUCCAAGCAAAAUGCGCCGCGUUGGAAAGUUGUGGACUGUCGACAGCUGUUAUAACAGCGCCGCUGUCUACAGGAACAGCACAAGGAACUACCGAAAAUGUAUUUGAAUCCUUUGAGGCGCAACAGCAACAGGCAAGACUAAUGGAUCAGCGACAGCUCACUGAAGUUCUGCGUAAGCAAAAGAAACAACUUCUUGCCGAUAUGGAGCGUCUGAGUCUUGAGCAUGAUAGCAAACACCUGGAACUGCAGCGCCAGCUUGCAGGUGUUGAAUUGGAAAACAAACACAUGACGCGUCAGUGCAAGCAGCUGAUCGAUGAGCAGCGCGAACUAGCGCACAAGCUGGAACUGAAAUCGACUACGCUUCGCAAUGUGACAGCUGAGCGAGAGCAAUUGCGACAGGUGAUUGCGGAGCUCAAUGAAACGUUGCAGACACAGGAACAGCUGCUUGCGCUGAAAGAGCGGGAGUUCUUGGACAUGAAGCAGCACUAUGAACAAAAGCUAAGCAGCGAGUGCACCAUUGACGCCAUGCACAACUAUAGCAUGGCAUUCCAUGGCGCUAUCAUUGCCAAAACUACUGAAAUAGCUAGUCUUAAGCAUGCACUGUAUGAGCUACAGUCGGAGUUGUUGCUAAUGUCAAAGUUAGAAGCACAGAAUGAGGAGCAGCAACGGCAGCUCGAGCAAUUGAAUUUUCAGUUAGAAGCUCAACAAUUAGAACAGGCUCUUAAAGACGUUCAACUAAAGGAUUUAACGACGGAGAAGGCAGCAAUCUCUUGCCAGCUGAAGGAAUCGCAGCAAGCACUACAGAUAGUAGAGCAGCAGCUUAUAGAGCUCCACAAGCAACAUGCAGAGACGAGCGCCAAAUGUGAGCAAACAAAAUGCCAACUCGAAGAGCAGCAGUCACAAAAUAAUGAGAAACAAGAAAUUCUUAAUAAACUUCGGAACCAGCUUCAACUUUAUGAGGAGCAAUGCAAUCAGCUUAGUGCCGCUAAGGCCCAAAUGGAGGUGAAAUUGAAUCAGACCCAGAACAAGCAGCUCAUAUGUGCUGGUACCCAAACGGUAGCUGAAGAGCCUGUGCUAGAGCAGCGCAUUGAGACUCUGGAGCAGCAGCUAAUAACAGUCACCAAACAGAAGCAACAGACAGUCACGUUGUUGCAGCAACUGCUGCAACAACAGAAUGAGAAGAUAAGAAAUACCAAUGAAAUGGAGGCCGAUUGGAGGCAGAUACUCGAAGCGCUGCAGUCAACCCAGCAAAUGGAGCAACAAAUGGAACUACAGCUGCAGCAGAAAUCCGAUGAGCUGCUGCAGCUUAAUGAACUCUUCGCUCAGCAAAACGAACAGCUGCAGCAAUUGCAGUUGUUGAGUCGAGCCCAUGAGAACCAAAACAGCAAUGAGUUGCAAAAACUCAAGCAAGCACAAGCUGUGGAUGCGGCUAAUCUGAACCAAUUGGAAGCACAGGUGCAGGCGCUGCUUAAAGAGCGUCAGUGCGCUCCAAGAAAACAGCACACCAUCCUGCUGCAAGUUCUGGAAAUGGAAACGGGUCGUAAGCUGCAGCAUGUCAAAAACUGGCCACAGUUGACAAAAUUGCUGCGACAGGAGCUACGCGCAGCAAAAGCUGCUGCAGAGUUGCCAAUGCUUAAAAUGAAGUUAGCUAAAGUUGGAGGCAAAUACGAAGAAGCUCUGAAGAGAAUCAAAUUUCUAGAGCAAACACUGGCCUCAGAAAGAGCUCGUUUCGAAGCCUCAGAUUUAAGCAAGUCGUCAACAAGCUCCACGCCAUUGGAGCCGGCUCAUGAGGUUGCGAAUCUGAUUGACGACUACAAAAAACUUAUUCAGCAAACUGCACAGGAGACGGGCCGUCCGCGAAACAGCUAUAUAUUAGAGCUAAUUGAGCGUAGUCAACGUAGUCAUCCAAAUUUGUGCCAACUAAGCAAGGGCUUGGCCGCUUGCCGUGAGGAUAUGUUAGAUCUCAAUAAGCUGCUGACUGGUCUGGAGUCAAGCACGGGACGGCAAGAGACCAUGCCAUCCUUGAUGGAAGAACUGCGCGCCGUGGCCGAAAAGGCUUAAGUCACAAAACAUCAGCCAUAUCCAUUUAAGAUAGUCAUUUAGCAUAACUACUAGAAACAAUUUAAAUUAGCUUCAAUUUUUGUCGUAUUAUUUAAAGUACUUAUUUGCGUUCUUAGUUUUUUUUUUUUUGUGUUGUCUUUGCAAAAGCAACUAUUUAUGUUAAUUAAUCAUCUCAUUUUAAAUGUGCAAUUUUUCGAACAUGUCACAAAACAUUUAUUGAAUAGCCCACCUUAUUGCUAACAAGGCUAACUAGUCCCACAGUUUUGAGUUCUGUUUACUCCAAAUUUGGCUCAAACGGAGAACAUAUUUUCUGAAACCGUAUAUUAUUCCACAUAUAUUUGUUGAUGAAA